UUUAAAUUUAUUCUUGAUAACAUUAUCCUUGUCUGAGUUGCUCCCAGGCACACCCUGUAAACUCGGCAGGAACAUUUUGCUCUUCACAUAGACCGCUGUCUGAAUAUGCUGUUGGCUUGCAAAGUUGCAUGUCAACCGCCCAGGGGGAGCGCCGGCUGCGCCUAGCGGCGACCCGGUCCUUGCUGUAUUCGCUUCCGCCAAACGAGCUCUUUGAGCUUCCAGGACGACCGCAUGUUGUAUACCAACUACGGACCUACUCGAACACUGGUAAUGCUGAAGAGGCCGCACAACAGGCCCGACUUGAUUCGCCCUUCUUAUUUAAAGCGUUUGAGACCGGUCAGAUAGGACCAAAACGCCUAGCCCGAAUGCAUGGCGACAAGCCGCGGGUGGCAACCAUUCACGAGUAUCUUGAUUGGACGGUGACUGCGCAAGCUGCGGAAGGCGACGACGAACUGGAUUUCGACGGCUUCAGAGUAUUGGUUAUUCUUCCACGGUAUCGUAGCGGCUGGCCGCCGCCCGGUGGGGAAGUUACAACACCUGACGAGCCGCGCAAGGCGCGGCUGAUUGGCGCUCCUAAAAGUCCAUUGCCCGCCUUGCAAAGCCAUGGAAAACCUGUUACAGCAGCGACAAUACGAUCUGGGCCGGGUUACUUGGAGGUUCCGUUUGUUGCGACGCAUGAGAACAAGCGGGGGCGGGGCUACUGCAGGUGCCUGGUUGAGGCUAUCGAGGAAAUUGCUCGGGCGCUUGGGCUACAGAAGCUGAUGCUGUGCAGCACGAAUGACGCCUCCGUGCAGAGUACGUGGCAACACCUGGGGUUUGGGUAUGCAUCGGACGAGCAGAUGGAGGAAUGGGACAUACUACACACGGACCUUGUGUACCUGCAAAACACAACUCAGAUGCAUAAAGAUGUACCGCCACAUCGACGGCUUAAGCCUGUUUUAAUUAAGCAUGAAGCUUUCCGGCAACGCUGCUAUGCGUUCGUGGGGCAAAAGCGGCCGCAGCACACUGCAGGUAGCUUACACGCGGCAAGUCUGCCGCAGGCGUCCAGACCGCGAUUAAGCAGCAAGCGCAGCGAGAGCACAAGCAGGGACGAGUCACAGUCGGUUGCAGCUCGCGAACACCCCUCGGCAGCGGGGGAGGUUGGCCCAGCGGAAAAAGCCGGCAGUGUUGCGGGUCACCCUCUUCAGCUUGAUGAAAGCUCGCCCAUUGCAGUUGGUGCACUAGCUGUGACAGCACAGGCAGCUGCCAGUGUAACUGGGCGCAUGCACGGCAGGCUGCCCACUGAUGAGGUGGGCCGAACGACAGCUGGACUCGCGCGCGACGAGGGCAUCGCGGGUGGAGGACCCCCAACUCCACAGCCAGCCGACGCUGGUCACUUGCGUCCUCUGCACGUGCAUGCGACAUCCGAUGUGCCAAGUGCCUCGCAGACAAAUGUGGCGCGCCCCGUCCGCUCUUCCGCCGCUGACUCCGUGAACGGCCUUGCACUUAGCGGACCGGAGAAUACCGCAAUAUGCGACAGAAGUGCACCUGGCACGCGGAACGGUCACGGCAUUCUGGUUGACGGCAGGUCUGGGCCUGCCGCAAUGCUGGCGGAGGCGAAAAGUGCAGCGAUUGGAGCUCCAGCAGAAGGGCGCGGUAUGGGAUGCAUCCACUCGCACGGUUCCUUAGCGGCCACGGGUAAGGCUGGCCUGGGCCAUGGUAAAGGACCUUCGGCAUUAACUACUGCACCAUCGUCGGGGCUGCAACCGCGCUUGGCAGGGUUGCCGAGGGGUGGCCAUGGAGCGUGUUUUUUGGAUGGCAUGUACAACUUCAGGCUAAUGACAGAGAGGAUUUUGUAUGACGAUAAUUGGGUACCUUUCCCUCUUGCUAAGCUAACAGAGCUGACGUUUAAGGGAUCCUACUGCUGA